AGAUAUUAUACGGUAACCAAGAAUGGCAAGGGGCAAAGUAUAAUCAUGUUCGAAAAUUCUAAACCAAAGAGCAAAAGCGAGCUGCCGCCGCUAAUGCUACCUAUUGAACGCAGUCAAAAAGAAAUUCGAAGAGAAAAGAAUAGACUGGCUCAACGACGGCAUCGAGAGGCAGCAAAGCGAAAAUGCGCAAGCAAGACACACACUCAUGAUAAUAUUCAUCCAAACCAAACAGAAACGAGCGCUUCGUCACGGGAGCGACAACAACCACAGAGUCCGGCUCACAAUGAGGUCGACCCAAUGAAGCUUGAUUUCUUUGAAGAAAUAGAAAGCAUUUCAGAUAGACUAGGGCCCGAACUCAUGGAGAAAGAAAUGGUCGACGACCUAAUCAACAUUGAUUCGUCAUGGGAGCCGAGGUUCUUCCAAGAGACCUCGAUGCAAAGCCGUGUAUCUCAUACUACUUCAGAAACUGCAAAAAUUCCUGAUCCCCUACUAGAUACCAUGGGAGAUGACCACGCAGAGCCAGCGAUGCGAGAUAUCCAUCGGCGGAGGCGCAACAGCGGGUGUUCUUCCACUUUUGGACUAGCUAUGCUGAACACGCAGCCCAACCCACCACUGAUUCCAGUGCACUCUUUAGACAAAGGGCAGCCAUCAUUGUUUUCUGAUCGAUGUCACUCCCAGCAACCUGGCUUCCAGCUAGCAGCAGCAGACACUUCGCCGCUACCCGAUUUGAAGGGUGGGAUCUUCCAAAGCGAAGACACAGAAACUCUUGAGGAACAUCAAUUCCCCACAGAAAUCUAUCGCUCAGAUGAUCUCGAUAAAUCCCUUCAAUCCUUUUCACAAGAGAUGAUGGCAAGGGUUGGAGAGGCUUCGGGUAUAAGAAGGAAUAGUUGCAGAAAUAAACGAAGGAGAACAUCCUAUGAAACUAGCGAACGGCGACUGGAGAGGAUACUCUCGGUCAUCGAAGAAGAGGGUUAUGAGUCCCUGGAUGAUGUGGUUGCGGAAUACUACGUAGGGCAGUUUCCAAAAGACUCCCUGCUUGCUUCUGAACAGUUCCAUUCCCGGACUCGACGGCUCGGCAGGUUCUUGCACCAAGUACACAGAAGUUCCCGGGCUUGGAGUAAGAGAGAAGCAGCUGGCUAUCACGACGUAGUUACACGAGCUGCAGAAGAAUUAUUUCAGGAGGAAGUGCGGAGUCGAGCAAAUGUAAUCAUGGAAGUGCCAAUUCAUCCGCAUCGUCGUGCCUCUCCAUCCCCUUCGUCGAUAAAUAAUAGACUUUGGAUGCCUCCUCACAAAGAGCCUGAUAUUCCGGGGUCGACAGCCAACCCCUCGCGCAAUGACACGAGAGCAUCCGCCCAUACAGUUGUCCGAGACCUGCUGUUCGAGAAUGGCCUAACUCCAGUCCUCAUGCAGGACUUGUCUCGACUUCAGAGUACGGUACCUGAAACUUUCACUCUCCUGACGGAACUAGCUAGAGCGAGCGGGCUUCGCCGGCCAGAUCAGUCUAUUUCUGUUUGUUUAUUCUUACAGAUGUUGGGGCUAUAGAGCUCUCACCAAGGCAGCUCAAUAAGAGCCAGCUCUUUUUGUAUGACUGCCCCGUUGCAGUCCAUUUUCGUUGAUUUGGAUGGAUUUGAGCGUUUGUACGGAGUAUUAUGUGUGGAAGGUGGAGAGCUUGCUUCAUUGAAGUAUAUGUGCUCAACCAAAGCUGAAUGUAUCUGUUGAAUGUCUUUGACUGUCUUGGUCAUUUGCUCUUUGCUAUAAGUAAUGCAGUUCAUUAUCAGAGGGUUUGGCAGAUAUUCCAUCAAAAUUGCACUUGAGAGGCCAGUGUUGUGUUGAAAGACAUUCAGAUGAGGCAAUGGCAGUUGGGCGCAAGAGUAAUAUGUAUUCAUAAAACUGUGGCAUAUAGCCCCUGUCACAUAUGCCAGAUUGCUUGAGGCUGUAAUAAGCCCUGAUUUCACAGUGAAUGUGAUUCAAGUCAUG